UGUGUGCUUCUGUCCGUGUGUCUCUCCAGCCGACAGACCUCUGGCUCCAGACCUUUUUUGAGGAACAGAACACAGACAGAAGGACAGAAGGAGGACAAACACACUGAAGCUGAACACAGAACAAGAUCUGAACUCACCAACUCACAGUGUGAUGUCCGCAGGUCCACAGCACUCCAGCGUUGAGCUGCAGAGGAGACGAGAACAUGCAUCAUAUCAGAUCUUCCCGGAGCCUUCGGAGCAGCCGGAGCCGGAGCUGGAGCCGGAGCCGGAGCCGGAGCCGGAGCCGGAGCCGGAGCCGGAGCCGGAGCCGGAGCCGGUGAAAGAGCGUCUGCCGUCCAUCGUGGUGGAGCCGUCGGAGGAGAGCGGAGGUCUGCAGUGGCCUCCUCUUCACACACAGACCUCCAUCAAUGAGGAAGAGGAGGAAGACCCUUUCCAGGACCACUGUGAGCCCAUCAGCGCCGCUCAGGAGGAGCAGACCAAAGCGGACGGAGCUCCUCGGUUCAAGCGUGCAUCGAUCCCUGGCGUUCAGAUCGACUGCAGCAGACUGACUCCGCCCCCCUCACCGACGUCAUCACACUCGGCCCCGCCCCGUUUUCUAAGCUGAGCGACAGACAGCACAGCUCACUGUACUUACUGAAGCAUUAGAAUUAAAGUGUUUUUUCUGUUUAUAGGUUUUACCUUGAAAUAUCAAUCUGAUGGCAAAAUGAUGCGAAAUUAAAAAUUGAUGAUUACACGUGUAAUUACAACACUGGUGUAGUUACCAUAGUGAGAUGUACUGAUCUAACAGUAGGGGGCUCCAAAGUCGCAAAAAUAAAAUAAAUACAUACA